GAUCUGCAGCGCUCCAAACGCCAAGUUUCCAAUCCAACAGGCGCACUUUAAUGUGCCAGGUCUUUUCAGUGCAGCCUCGUUCAUUUCAAACUUUCCUCGCGGCACCAAUGGAUUUUAAAGAGUUUGGAGGAGAUGACCUGACCGAGGCAGACACUGAGGAUCUGGACAGCGUGAAAGCACUCACAGAGAAGCUGAAGUUACAGACGCGCAGACCGUCCUAUUUUGAGUGGCAGGAGCGGCUCCAGAGCGGACCGUGGAAGGAGGGCUCAGCGGACAGCUCCACACUAAAUCCAGACUCGGAGGGACCGGUCGUAAACACGCCCGUCAUUUUGAGAGAUGACAAUUCCGAGCUCGUCGUGCGCAACAUCUGUGGUUUUGAUACCAUCGAUGAUGCUUUGGAGUUUCUCAGGAAAGAGCUUAGAGAGAUGCAGGUUCAAGACAACCGUCUGGCCCGCCAGCUGAUCCGUCUGCGGGGGGAGAUCCACCGGCUGAAAGUGGAGCAGGUGUGCCACCGCCACAAGGAGAUGCUUGACGACGCCACAUAUGAGCUGGAAGAGUGCGGCGAGGAGUCAGAUCUACUCUGCGACAUCCCCAUGAAGGCCGCUUUCGCUCUGUCCACCCCUCUCAAGCAUCUGGGCCUCACCAAGAUGAACAUCAACUCCAGACGAUUCUCACUGUGUUAAAACCACCAUCCUUAUUUAUCUCCCCGAGGACAAUUCUGUCUCUGAGUGUGCCUAGGUGCACUAAUAAGGCUUGCUCUCACUUCAGGAUGUGGUUCAGCGACAGAGGGAAGAAUGGCUGCCAGCAAUUGGUGCAAUGGUGAGAAAAGAAGAUGGCUCCUUUGAUGUGUACCUUGGCUUACCGUGCAUGAGGAAGCCUCUGCGUUCAGCCCUGUAGGGGCACACACCCACAACACGGAAGCACCUUUCUGCUGAACCUCCUGAGCUUCAGCUGCUCCGCCGUUAUCUUUCUUUAGCCCACUGCAGUCAGAUUCAGAGUUAGAUAGAGCCCGGAGGAUAGAUCAUCUUGGUUUUUUUCAUUACACACUUGGCAUUUGCUGUUGCACAACUAAAAUUAAAAAAGGAUAUGUGCUCAGAAAGUGCAAAACAAUUGUGAAGAAAGUAUUACUCUCUUGCUGACAGACAGGCGGAGAAGUAGGAAAAUGUUUGCAGGCUUCAGGAUGCAGGACAGUCUCCAUGGUGCCAUCACAGAGGGAGAUAUUUUUUCAUGUAGCUAGAUAACAUGAGAUCAGAUGUUACUGGGGAAAACACAAUAUCUGAAAGUUUUUUUCAGGAGUUGACUGACAGGCCUGAGGAAAGCGAUCCUGUUCGGAUUCUGUUUAGUUUGGUCUGGUACGGUCCCAAACAGCAGCCUUACAGGAAGUGUGGGAGGUCUCACUCCAACAUUCUCACACCUCUUCUUCACAAACCAAAAAUAACAGAGAUCUUCAUAGGGUCACUGCUGGAAUGACAGGACCUGGCAGGAGAGCAUCCCACAUGUUUUUGCUUUCCAUUACAAUGUCCAGAUGCUGUCAAGUACUGAAUAUAGACUGUAUAGAUUAGCCGCUGCAUUGUAUUGCUCAGUGGGCAGCAUGUAUACUUGGUGAGAGAUGGUAAUGGUUGUUGAGUUUUAUGACAAAAAUCAAUUGGUUAAAUGAUUCUACUGUAAUAUGGAUGUACUUAUUGAUCAAACUGUACAACAAAAAUGUUGUUAGACUGUUAUAUUCUUUUGCGCAAACAAAUGCCAGUUUAAAGAGAUUUCCAUGUCAUGUCACUUCUAUUUUUAUUAGUCUGUACAUAUGAAGAAGUUUAAGUUGCUGUUUAUUAAAAAUUAAACGGUUGCC